GCGGCGCGGCGGGCGACAGAGACGGCAGCUUGAUUGGGCGAGAGCCAGAGGAAACAGGGCAGGACAGUGGUGGCGCAUCACCGCGACUGCCUCCCCGCUUGGCUCUUGCAUCUCUCACGUCGACGAUCUCGACCCAAGUCGUUCAAGGAGGGCCAUUGGAGCCUAGGUCCUCCCGUUUCAAUCGCUUCUUCACGGCUUCGCUCCCUUCCCUUCCUUCUAUUUGGUCGUUGAGAAUGGGCUACUCACCUCCUCCUCCUCCUCCUCCUCCUCCUCCUCCCCCCGCCGCUCCUUCACUCUCUCACAACCUCGGUUCCCCCUCCUUUCCCUCUUCCCAAUCCUUGUCACGAUCUCAGAGCCCAGCAAUCACUCGUCCUCCUCCAUCACCGCCUCGACCGCCCACGAUGUCAGGACCUCACCACAACAGCAACACCUACUUCAACCCUUCGAACACGUCUGCUGGUAGCUUCCAACAGAGGCAGCAGCAGCAACAGCAGUCGUACCACCAGCCUCAGCACCACCACCAGCAACAGCAGCAGCAGCACUACGGCGGCGGCGUCUACGAUGCUCAGCAGCAGCACUAUUCGCACCAUCAGGCUCCUCUCGACUAUCAUCAGGGACAAGGUGGUGCAACCUCUUCCUACGGCAUGGGCAUGUACCAGCACAUGGGCGCUCCUCAGACCAGCGGCUCGUCUUCGUUUGGCGGCAUGACGUCCGAGCCUCACAUGCUGCCCCAGCAUCACGGCCACCCUCAUAGUGCUGCCGGAUACCAUCAUGGCGGGGCAAACGAGGACGUGUACGGCAGUCACCCUUCGCACGCCGGCAUGCACCACUCAAUGGACUCGCAUCACCAUCAGCAUCAGCAUCAUCAGUCCAUGGCUGGCUCCUCGUCCAGCGCCGUCCAUCAGCAGCAGGCUCCCAACUCGCCGCAGGACCAGUCCGGCAACAGCAUCCGCCCUAAGCGUCGUCAGGUCAAGAAUGCCUGCAUCAAUUGUCAAAAGGCCUGCAAGAAGUGCGACGAGGGACGACCCUGCACUCGCUGUAUCAAGUACGGCCUGACAGAGACGUGCAUCGACAGCAUGCGAAAGGAGCGAAAGCGAGGCAUCAAGCGUGGACCGUACAAGAGGCGAGCAACCACUGGCUCGAACAAUACCGCCCAGAACGGCUCGACGUCAGUAGGGAAUAACAAGGCGGCUUCGUACGACACUAACGCGGCAGUCAGCUCCCACAGCUACGAUGGCAGCAACGGGCACAGCCAUGGCGGAGCGAGCAACGGCAAUAGCUACGACUCCUCCGCCUACCCGAUGUCGGCUCCUACUUCGUACCGCGCUCUCCCCUCCACGACCGGUGCGCAGAACAACAAUGGCGGAGCAGCGGGAUAUGGAGGCGGCUUCACAUCGUCGCCGUCGCUUUUUCCGCGCGAGCAGCUGAGGAACAACGUCUGGGGCACAGCUAGCUCGCCGAUUGACGCUCAUACGCGUUUGCCCCAGACGGCCUUUUACACUGGCAGCAACAGCCAUGGCGCCCUGCAGCAGCAGCAACAACAGCAGCAGCAGCAGCAGAUGGAGGCCCGAUCGUCUUCGGCACCCCUUGGAGCUCAAGGUAGUCCCGUCAAUGCUACCUUCCCGUUGUCCGCAAGGCCUGCAGGGAUGACGGCAUCCUCCUCCUCCUCCUUCUACACCAACGGUGGCGCUCAGCACCCGCUUCCCUCUCCCUCGGGCGGGAUCGGCAGCAUGCUCGCGUCCGGUGGAGGACGAGGCGGUGUCCUCUUCUCGCCUCCUGCUCUGCCUACGACGGGGAGCUCCAAUUACCUCAGUGCUACCGCAUCUGCUCGUCCAGGUCUUCCCUCGAUGGAUGGCAUGUCCUACGGCUCCUCGUCCAGCGGGUCUACUGCCAAUUUCUCCUCGCCUCGCACUCCGCUGUCUGCGGGAGGCAAUGGCAACGGCAACGGCGGUGUAGACGCGACCAACAUGCCUCACCAGCUGCACGACGUGAGCAACAACAUCUCAGCAGGCCCCUACAUUAAGUCACCCACAGCCUACGUCCACCAUCCGUCUGCGACCACUUCCAUGGCUGGCCUCGGUGGUAACGUCACAGCCCAGCCUGCUCGUCCCUUCCCGCUUCAAAUGCCGCAGUUCCCUCGGGGGCGCGACACCAGUGGCGGGUCGGCUAUCAAUGGCCUUGGCAUGGGCAUGGGCAUGGGCGCCAUGAAGGGACAGGGUCAGCACCAGAACCAUCAUGUCAGGACCACCAGCGCAGGCGUUCCUUCAUCCGCCGUCGAGGCUUAAGCAACGUCGACCUUUGCUCUGCUUCUCCACUGUCACGCAUCCCAAAUCCAAAGCCAGGGCAGUCACCUUCGCGUUACGACGUCGAGCACCAAACGCAACACAACGCAACGUCCUUUCUGUUCCCUCACUUCUCAGCUUGUACUCUUUGCACUCUAGCCCAGCCCGACGCAGUCCAGAGCCUCUCUUGCCCUUUCCUCUUUCUUCGUCCCUCGCUCUCUCUUUUCCUUCACUCUCACCAUCCCCACCUACCCACUUCACGCGUUACCUCUCACCAUCUCUCUCUCUUACCCACUUCACGCGUUACCUGCCUUUGCUCCUCUUUUUUUUGUUCGAUCUCAUGUAACCAUACUCAGCUAGGCUCGAUUGGUCCUCCUUUCUCUUCAUGGCUCAAUUCUAGGAAAAGUCGUAUCCAGCUC